GACGAUGAUAAUAGUAAUUAUAUAAUUAAUUAAUAAUAAUAAUUAUAAUUAUAAUUAUAAUUAUUGUUAUAGAAAUCGUAUCGUAGCAAUGUUUCCUUGGAAGAAGGGGAAGAGAGGGGUUGUAACAAGAUUCUGUUAAAGCUCCAAUUCCUCUUCUCUCUCUCUCUCUCGUUCUCUGCAACCUCUCUUCUCUUCAGGUUUUACGAUGACGAUGACGACGACGACAAUUUCUUCAUCCGUUUUGAUUUCUUUCAUCUAAAUCGAUCGUGUGUUAGGUAAGGUUGUAUGUUUGGUAGUUGAGUUGAAACAAAUGAAUUUCAUCAUGUUAGAUUUGGGAAUUUCAAUUUUGAGGUUUGUUACGAGUCCUGAUGCUUCCAUUGCAUCUAUUUUUGGAUGGUUGGUCACUGGAUCAUUUGGACUUGUGGCCGUCAUAUACGCUCUUCUCAAGUGGCAGCGAAGAGCAUCUUUGAAUUGGAUUAAAGCUGCUGCUAGGGAAAAGAAGAAAGUUUGGAAACAGUUUAAAGUGCCUCUAUCGGAGCAUUUGUGGGUUGAAGAUUUUACUUACGGGGAACAACCGUCCACUUGUUGUUUCUGCUUGACUUCGUUAUGGCCUUCUCAAAAUUUGGGUGCAACAGCUUCACCGCGUACUCCUCUUCAUCGUUGCUCGGUUUGUGGCGUUGCAGCUCAUUUCCUUUGUUCUCCGUUUGCAGCAAAGGAUUGUAAAUGUGUGGCUCAGGCUGGUUUUAGUCAUAUUAGACACCAUUGGUCUGAAAGAUGGGUUAAUGUGGAUGAUCAUCAUGAGAUGUCUGCUUUCUGCUUUUACUGUGACGAAGCAUGUGGUGUCCCAUUUGUCAAAUCCUCUCCUACAUGGCAUUGCCGUUGGUGUCAACGCCUCAUUCAUGUGAAAUGUCAUAACAAAUUGACUAGAGAUUCUGGUGAUUUUUGUGAUUUGGGUUCUUUGAGAUCAAUUAUUCUCUCCCCUCUUUGUGUCAAAGAAGUUGAUGAAGAUCAAAAGGGAGCAAAACUAAGUUCUAUUAUCACCUCUUCUGUUCGUGGUCAGAUUAGAAAGCGUCGUAACAAUAAUAAAAAUGGAGGUGGUUGCCAUGCUAAUGGUAAGUCACGAGGUUCCUCAGUUGCCGAUGCAACAUUAUUAGAAUAUGUGUUGAAUGGUCUCCACCGGAACAAGUGCAAUGAUGGGAAGCUCUUUGACCCUACAAACAAUGGUAGAGUAUUAGGAAAUGGUUUAACUGUUACUCCUAGCCAAGUCAAGAAAUACACAUUGGUUGAUUUGCCAAAUGAUGCAAGGCCACUUUUGGUCUUUAUCAAUACCAGAAGUGGAGGGCAGCUUGGGCCUUCUCUUCACAGAAGAUUGAAUAUGCUACUAAAUCCUGUUCAGGUAUUUGUAUUGAGUGCUUCUCAAGGUCCCGAGGUAGGCCUGGAGUUGUUCAAAAAUGUGCCAUAUUUUAGAGUAUUGGUAUGUGGUGGGGAUGGCACUGUUGCAUGGGUCCUUGAUGCCAUAGAAAAAUACAAUUUUGAGUCACCUCCACCUGUUGCAAUUAUUCCCCUAGGCACUGGAAAUGAUUUGUCUAGGGUAAUGAAUUGGGGAGGAGGCUUCUCUGCACUUGAUGGACAGGGCGGGUUGACCACGCUUUUGCAUGACAUUAGUAGCAAUGCAGCAGUUACUAUGCUAGAUCGUUGGGAAGUUAAACUUGCAGAAGAAAGCUCCGAAGGAAAACCAUAUAAAAUGAAAACUAAAUCCAUGAUGAACUACCUAGGUAUUGGAUGUGAUGCAAAGGUUGCAUAUGAAUUUCAUGUUACUCGAGAGAUAAAUCCUGAAAAGUUUAGUAGUCAGUUUUUGAAUAAAUUACGAUAUGCAAAAGAAGGAGCAAGAGACAUUAUGGACAGAACUUGUGCUGACUUACCAUGGCAAGUAUGGCUUGAAGUUGACGGGAGAGACAUUGAGAUUCCCAAGGAUUCAGAAGGCUUAAUUGUGCUUAAUAUUGGGAGCUACAUGGGAGGAGUAGAUCUUUGGAAAAAUGACUAUGAACGCGAUGAUGAUGAUUUUAGUCUUCAAUCCAUGCAUGACAAGAUGCUUGAGGUAGUAUGUGUUUGUGGAGCAUGGCACCUGGGAAAACUUCAGGUUGGACUUUCACAAGCAAGAAGGCUAGCCCAAGGUAAAGUCAUCAAGAUACACUCUUCCAGUCCUUUCCCAGUUCAAAUAGAUGGGGAACCAUUUAUCCUUCAACCAGGCUACAUGGAGUUAACUCAUCGUGGGCAGGUAUUCAUGAUGAGGAGGACUUCAGAAGAUGAGCCUAAAGGGCAAGCAGCUGCUAUAAUGACAGAGGUAUUACUAGAAGCCGAGCAUAAGGGCAUUAUUAAUACAUCCCAGAGAAAAGUUCUUCUCAAGGACAUAGCCAUCAAUCUUUCUUAAGAUUCGUUUCUUGUUCAGCCUUCUUAAAUAGUUGCCCAUACUUGGGUUUUUGCCCUCUAGUCCUUUUAUAUAGGACCAUUUUUGGUAAUUUCCAAAAAUAUAUAGAGAAAAGUAUAGUUCCACACUUCUACGAAACAACUAAUGUAAGUGAGUGUAAACUGUUGUGUCUAACACCCUAGGCUUUGUAUAUUGCAACCCAGCGUAUGUUCGGUAUUAUGGUGAGUUUGUCAAAAUCAUGUUAAGUCACGGUGAUUUUGCAAAAGUUACAAAUGGCAACUCAUCUUGAUUUCGGCAAAUCUACCAUGAUACCAAAUGUGUAUUUUUCUUCAAAUCUUUGUAGUUAUGCCACCACCAUCCAACUGAGAUUAGAGAAAAAAAACUAACUGAUAUGCAUGUUCAUAUUUUUUGGUCUAGGAAGACAAAUAUAUGCAUAUGUUCAUGA